GGCCGUGGAUCUUCACGCGCGAGCAGAUGGACGCGACUCCGUCUCGCCUCGCCGGCAUUGACGCAGAACGCGAGCUGCUGUACCGACAGCAAGCCGCCACGCUCGUCCAAGACAUGGGCCAGCGCCUCAACGUGCCCCAGCUGGUGAUCAACACGGCCAUUGUGUACAUGCACAGAUUUUUCAUGUUCCAUUCGUUCAAAGACGUUCACAAACACCUGCUGGCGCAGUCGGCGAUCUUCCUCGCCGCCAAAGUGGAAGACCAGCCUCGAAAGUUGGAGCAUGUGAUCCGUGUGGCGCAGGCCUGCCUGGCUCCCCGCGAGGCUCCGCUCAACCCGAAACACGUGGCAUACUUGCAGAAAGCGCAGGACCUCAUAAUGUUAGAGACAAUGCUUCUGCAAACACUGGGAUUCGAUGUGACCGUGGUUCACCCACACACUCACGUUGUAAAGUGCAGCCAGCUGGUUCGAGCCAGCAAGGAUUUGGCGCACACUUCCUAUUUCAUGGCUACCAACAGCCUGCACCUGACGACGCUGUGCCUGCGGUACGCCCCGUCGGUGGUGGCGUGCGUCUGCAUCCACCUGGCCUGCAAGUGGUCCAGCUGGGAGAUCCCCAUGUCGAGCGACGGGCAGCCCUGGUGGGCCUACGUGGACACCUCCGUCACGCUGCAGCUGCUGGACGAGCUUACUCAACAAUUCCUAGACAUCAUGGAGAAAUCGCCAAACAGGAUGAAGCGUAUUCGCAACUGGAAGAUCCCUCAGAAUCAAGUCAAGAAGUGCGGCGACGCGCCGAGCAAUUCUCCCGCGGGCUGCGACAACCACCCCGCCGCUUCGUGCUCGAAGCAGCAGCCCUGCACCGCCGGCGCCGCCGGCGCCGCGGCCUCUUCGGCGAUCGGUACGACCGCCGGAGGCUGCCAUCAGACCCAGCGCGCGCCGCUUUGCGUCCGCGGGGGCCAGGACUCGACGACCCACGACAUCUUCGUCAUCGACGACGCCGCUGCCGCCGCCGCUUGCCGCGCGACGCCGCUGUUGACGCAACCGGCGCCAUACUUCCCGACGGCCGGCGGUCAGGGCGGUGUGAGCUUUUUCAUGAGCGGCGGGGGUCUCGUGAAUCUCGUUGGUGUAAGCGGGCCCGGGGUACCGCCGCCGUUCGCGCUCGCCCGUUACGUGGCGCCGCGGCUGGGCGUCGCGCCGAACGUGACCCUCGGUCAGCAACCGUUGCCCUGCACCCUCGCCCUCCACCCGCCCACUCCGACCGCCCCCACCGACAAUUAUCCGGUGUCGUUCCGCGGAUCCCACCCCGAGCCGAAUCGGGCCUUUGUUCACAACGUGCCGAACCCCGACGUCAAACUUCACCCCGGCGCGCUCGCGCCUUCCUUCGUCUCCGCCUCUGCGCACGCGCGAGACGCCAACCCCAACUUUGCCCGUCGCACCAGCAUUGUGCCGGCGUGCGACCUCGGCGGACCCGUGUCGACUCAAUACGUGGCUGAUGCCAGCGCGGGUCCUUUGUUUCUCGCUGCGACGGGCUCCCGCGAUUUUGCCGACGCGUCCUCUCUGCCGGCCCCCGACUUGCGUCCGUGUUCCUUCGGAGCCCUGAAACCGUAUCGCACGGUCCAGUCGAUGAUGCACAACGCGCUGCGGUGUGGGCCGUCCCGUGAUCAGUCGCGCUCGCUGCCAAAUGCGACGAGCGACACGACGGCUCCCAGCUACCGCACGGCGCCUCCGAUGAUUCACGACGAACGGCAGGGCGGCCGCGGAGCACAGAGCGGCGUGGCCGACGCGGCGGACGUCACGACGCGCUCGGACAAGAGCAGAAGAAACGGAGAAGUGAGGGAAGUUCGAAACGAGACGCGAUCGGAGAGAGGCGAUGAAAUGCAACGCUGUCACCUCGCCAGGAGUGACGCCGGCGAUGGUGGUGGUAAAAACGAAGUCAUUAGUUGGGCCACGGAAGCGUCAAAUAAUAGCCAGGCUUCCUUUAGUUGCCUACAGAUGCUGCCCGCACCAUACGUGGCAAGUGACCAGAUGCAUCAGCAGUGCCCACCGCAGUAUCGUCUUCACCGAGACCCAAAGACGCAGGUCACAAAGAUCCAAAACAUCCGUGGGGUUCAAGCGGCGGCCGAUGGCGGACCUUACAAUGCUCUUCAGCAGCACCACUCGCUUUCGGCGAGGCCAGGCAUGGGAUCGGAAGUCCACCCAGCUGAAGUUGGCGGCACCGCGUCAUCUGCCAACAAAAAGAAGGCACCGAAGAGAAAGUUGACUUGGUGCGCCACGCAGGAGAGCAACGGCCGCGGUGCUCUCGCGGAACCGGAAGUGGAGUCCUCCAAGAGGAUCCCGGCGUCGUCGGAACCUGUCCCGCGAUUGAAGCCGCCUCCCGACGUCCGAGCCGGGGGCCUCUCGCACGACGGCCCGUCCAGGGAUGACAACGACGCCGCGGGCUCGGGAUCGAGCGAGCCAGUUCUGCUUCGCGACGCGCGGCCAGGCGGUGCCGACGUGGAAGAGUGGGUCGAUCCCGACGAGAAGGGUGGCUCGGCUGGAGACGGAGCGGCGUCCGCACCGAGACAUUCCGUGCAAUAGAAGUCGUGCCUUGAAUAAAACCUCUGUGCAUCACCCAGGGAUGUCUUUGCCCCCUCACAAAUCCCACCCCACCACCGCCCACCGCAUUGAAAGUGACAUUUGCCAAAAGUUGCCAAAAUGCCAAAAAUCGAACUGCUGUAACGUGCGUUUAGUUCCUUUGUUGUUUUUUUUAUUUAAAGCAGGGUGUGGGGAAGGUUUUUCCCUUACCGAGCGCCUGGAUAGGACUUUCUAAUUACCUUUGGUGGUUCGAUACGUUGACACAACCAACCAAUAGAAGCAAUCUGAUUGGGCAAAAAAAAAAAGUGUCGACCAAAGAUAAAGAGAAGCCCAUUGCGGUGGGAGAAUUGGACCGAGCGCGCUAAAAUUAUGAACUGCAUUGCCUUCUUGAAAGUAUCCUAUCCUAGCCCCUCCAGGACCCGAUUAGUGCGGCUAAUAACGCCCGCGGUGACAGGUGAAUGUCAUUUGCAGGCCGUUUCGAAAGUGUCGUGGAUCUCGUGAAAUGAAGAUCAUUAGGGUUCCCCCAGUUCAGAUUUAGAGGCUUAAACACGCACGUACGCGCGAGCACGCGCAGGAACAACACAUUUCUGGGGCCUGAUUUGCUUGCAUGCAAAUAUGCGCCUGUGUGUGUGUGCGUGUGCGCGCGCUGGCCAAUCGCAAGUGGCUGUUAUUAUUUGGGUUUAAGCGGGUUUAUGUAAUGCCGCAGCAAUAAUGCCUCUCUUCCUUCAGCCACUCCUCCCUGCCGAGGCGUCGGGAGUUGCAUUCUCACGCUCAUGAAAACUUGAAUAAAAAUAUUUAAAAGAAUAUAUUAUU